AUGUAUACACACACACACACACACACACACACACACUUUUUAGGAUUCCAUUUUCCAGUCUCCCAGAAAAGCAGUUUCUGUGGGUGAUAGAAUGAGUCCAAGUGAUCAUCCAAGGAGACCGUUAAUUUUCACAGACCUACCCACAACACUGAUGUAGGACGCACUAUUAACUCAAGUACCAGAAGGAUUUUUCUAUUUUCUUAGGAAGUUGUGUGAAUAUAAUAAUCUCAGUGCUUCUUUACUUCCAAAACUGGACAACAGGUCAUAUAUCAAAAACAACAGUGUCAGCUCCUGUCCCUGCUACCAUGGAGUUUCUUGAGAGGACUUAUCUUGUGAAUGAUCAAGCCACCAAGAUGUAUUCCUUCACUUCUGACAGAGAACGCGGACAGAAGCCUGUGAAUAAAGAUCAGUGUCCUGGAGACGGGCCAGAGCGUCCGGAGGCAGGAGGCAUCUAUCACUGCCACAACAGCUUCAAGGCCACGGGGAACAGGUCGAGCAAGCAAGUGCAUGCCAAGUGGAGACUCUGUGCUGCUUCAGCAAUAUGCUUCUUCUUUAUGGUGGCAGAGGUGGUGGGUGGACAUGUUGCUGGGAGUCUGGCGGUCCUCACUGAUGCUGCUCAUCUCUUAAUUGACCUGACUAGUUUCCUGCUCAGUCUCUUUUCUUUGUGGUUGUCUUCAAGGCCCCCUUCCAAGCAGCUGACAUUUGGGUGGUAUCGAGCAGAGAUCCUCGGUGCCCUGCUGUCUGUCCUUUGCAUCUGGGUGGUGACUGGUGUGCUGGUGUACCUUGCCUGUGAGCGUCUCUUGUAUCCUGAUUACCAGAUCCAAGCAGGCAUCAUGAUCACUGUUUCAGGCUGUGCAGUGGCAGCCAACAUUGUACUAACUAUGAUUUUGCACCAACGGCAUCUUGGUCACAACCACAAGGAUGCACAAGCUAAUGCCAGCGUUCGAGCAGCCUUUGUGCAUGCCCUGGGGGAUGUGUUUCAGAGCAUCAGUGUGCUAAUUAGUGCUCUCAUUAUCUACUUUAAGCCUGACUACAAAAUUGCUGAUCCAGUGUGCACAUUUAUCUCUUCUGUCUUGGUUUUGGCCAGCACCGUCAUGAUCUUAAAAGACUUCUCCAUCUUACUCAUGGAAGGUGUUCCAAAGGGCCUGAGUUACAACAGUGUGAAAGAACUCAUCCUCACAGUCGAUGGCGUGAUCUCCGUGCACAAUCUACACAUCUGGUCGCUGACAGUGAACCAAGUGAUUCUCUCUGUUCAUGUUGCUACAGCUGCGAGCCAGGACAGCCAGUCUGUGCGGACAGGAAUUGCUUGCGCUCUCAGCAGUAGCUUUGAUCUGCACUCUCUUACCAUUCAGAUCGAAUCUGCGGCAGAUCAGGACCCCAGCUGCCCUCUCUGUGAAGACCCACAGGACUAGCUCGCUCACGCUGUCAGCUUCCAGUGUUUCCUAGGCCAUGACAAGCUGCAGCAAAGUCUCUGCAAUGCACA